AUGGGCAUUUGUUCAAGAAGAAACGUUUUCCUUUCAAUAUGCUUUUUGCAAAUGGUAGCUGUGGUAGAAAGACAGGUGUUUGACUUCCUGGGUUUUCUGUGGAUUCCAAUAUUAGUCAACUUCUUUGAAAUAAUAUUUAUCAUAUUUGGUUUUUUUGGUGCUUAUCAAUACCGCCCAAAAUACAUCAUAGCUUAUUUAUUAUGGCACCUUUUCUGGAUUGGCUGGAACAUUUUCAUGAUAUGUUUAUACCUAAAUGUUGCAGGAUUAGACCAUGAGAAAAAUAAAGUGCUCAAAUUAGAUUUAAACAGUGACAGUUGGUGGCGAACGGGAGGUCCAGGAUGUCGAGUUAAAAAUGUAGAUUCUGAAGAAUAUGAGGGAUGUUUUAUCAAUUAUGUACACGUAGAAAUAGUCCAGGCUGGUAUUCAAUGUUUUUUAACUGGCUUCAACAGCAUCAUUGGAAUAUGUCUUAGUCGUAUGUUCAUGGAGGAAGAUGAUACCUUUAAUUAUGAGAAGCCAAAUGCACCUGACAGUAUUUUAUUGCAUCCAAAGUAUGUGACCAGUGAUAAAAUGUACAGUUCUAACAAAUUUCUGCACCAAUCUAAUAGCUAUCUGUUUUUUGACCAAGACAAGCAUAAAAACGCUAAGCACGUCCAUGCAGAUUCUAUACGUGUUAUGAAAAGAAGAAGUAACUCUUUUAGUAAUGCGGGGUUAAGUGGGAAGAAGGGUUCAAAGAGACCUGUGUCUUUGUGUUCAGACACAUAUUUGUAUAUGUCAUGA